GGCGGUCAGGAUGGAGAAGGAGUGGUGGAUUAGGAUGGAGCAGGAGUGGUGGAUUGGAAGUUUGUCCAGGUGCGAGACGUAUUGCGUUGUGGCCGACGAGGAUAACCCUAGGUGACCCUAUUAUGUGAUGCCGGAUUAUUACUAGUAGUAGUUACGAGUUCUAGGACGAUGGAGCUCGAUCUGAAUUUACCGCCUCCAUCGCCCAAGGCUCCUGAUGCCGACACGGCGGGACAAGCGGCAUGCCCCUCCUCGAGCAGCGGUGACAAGCCACCCGUCAAGGUAGAAAAGGCGCGGAGGAGCGCGAGGCUGGCCAAGCAACAGUCGGACAACUUCAUGGAGCCGCCGGAAGAUACAAGCGCUGCUGUUUGUAGUAAAGCAGUGGAGAGUAGUGCUCGGCCACCCGACAGUACUCGGCCACCCGAGGCGCCAACGCCAGCCCCCCAGAGAAAAGCGGUCACCACCCUCCCCAGGCAAGCUGCUGUAGCCAAGAACGACGAGAAGCUGGGCAAGAAGCGUACGAGGCAGACGAUGGUGCUGGAGUUAGGCGAGUCCUUGCAAAUAGCACGUCCGCCGAAAGUCCCGACACCGGUUGUGCGGAGCGUAGGAGUUCGGCAACAGCUUAAAGAAGCCAGAGAGAAUGUGGAGUCGUGCUUCGAGACCAACAAGGACGACAACUGUAAUGGACCCCUCGAUGCCAAAGAGAGGCCCCGAGAUGCGCAGCUUAAGCCGCAAUUCCAGAGGCCGAAUGUUCGACGACAGCAUGGUGAGAAUGGAGGGAAUGGAGGUGAAGAGCGCGCACCAAUUAGGAGGCAAGCUCCAUUCAAGCGUGCUGCUGCAGCAUCUCAACCUCUGGACGCGUCUAUUGAAAGGCUCCAUCGAGAGGCUACCUGCAGCAAGCUGUGGCAACAAUCAGGCCAACCAGCGGAGACAGAGCUGCAGCGCGUUCCAGGAAGCUUUGCAUCUUUAGAAGAAUACGUACAAGUAUUCGAACCACUACUGUUUGAAGAGUGCCGGGCACAGCUGUUCAAUGUCUGGGAGGAGCUUCGUGACUCAGGAAAGGAAGUACACACUUCCGCGAUGAUCAAAGCAGUUGAUAAACGCGACAGAGGAUGGUACGAUGUCACUUUACUUCCUCUGGACGCUCGUACUCGCUUUAACUUCAAAGAAGGCGACGUGGCAGUUUUGUCGACACCGCCUCAAGACGCUCAACGCAAGAAUGGCAGUGAAGAUGCCAAAGAGGAAGGCGAAAUAUCGAUUCACAUUGCUGGUAUUGCCCGCCGGUACAUGCCCCUUGACGUUCGUGACGCCCAUGGAGCUGUUAUGUUCAUCAACUUUUCCGAACUUAACGGAGAUACUGGAGGUGGCUACCCCAAUCACUUGUUGGACGACUUGCGUCAAGGUGGUGUAUGGUCGUUCACUGUUUUAGGAGGCCUUGCGACUACACAGCGUGAAUAUGUUGCCCUUCAUGCUCUCUACCGCCUGCACCCUCAGAUGCUCAAGGCGAUAUUGCAGCCACGGCCCGAGCUAUUUCCUCGCUAUGACCAGGAGCAAGCGGUUAUGCUUAGCUGUUUCACUCCAGGGUUUACUGAGUACUUGCGCAACAAUUUCAAUGCUCCGCAACUGUCGGCUAUACAAUGGGCGGCUAUGCACACGGCUGCCGGCACUGCUGCAGCUACGAGAUCACAGGAAAUAUGGCCUUUUAGCCUGGUGCAAGGGCCGCCUGGGACAGGGAAAACACAUACGGUCUGGGGGAUGCUGAACGCUAUCCACCUUGUGCAGUAUCAGAGGUACUACACCGCUCUCCUCAAGAAAAUUGCACCUGGUGCAGUAGUCUCGGAUGCUUCUGCUGGCGAUGACGAGCAGGGAGGGUGGAUUGAUGAGGUUUUGCAGAAGAUGGACAAGAGUCUCCUCCGACAGCUUCCAAAGCUUUGCCCGAAGCCCCGGAUGCUUGUCUGUGCUCCCUCGAAUGCAGCAACAGAUGAACUGCUUUCUCGUGUGCUGGACAAAGGUUUUAUGGACGGCGAGAUGAGGGUAUAUCGGCCUGACGUGGCUCGCGUGGGAACAGAUCCGCAGUCCAAGGCAGCGCAGGCAGUUUCCGUGGAAAAGAGAACGGAGUCGCUCAUUGGAAAAGGGCGGGACGAGAUUUUAGAGUGGCUUCAGCGGAUGCGGCUGCGGGAGUAUGCUCUAUCACAGCAUAUAGCGGUGCUACAAAAGGACUUAAAUGCCAGUCGGGUCCAGGGCGCAGUCGGUGUCGAGCCCGAGGUGCUUACGGCCCGCGACCAGGCCAGAGACAUGAAGCUGCAGCAGCUGGCAUCGCUGCUGGAAGAAAGAGAUAAGGUGCUGGUUGACAUGUCCCGGUUUGUGAUUGUUGACAACCUUCAUAAGCCGGGUGGUGGAUAUGGUCUCGAGGACGCGAAGAGCAAGCUCGAAGCGAGCUUUGCGAAUGAGGCGGAGAUCGUGUUCACCACAGUUUCCAGCAGCGGUCGUAAACUCUUCACCAAUCUGGCCCGUGGUUUUGACAUCGUGGUUAUUGAUGAAGCAGCACAAGCCAGCGAACUAGGCGUGCUACCUCCACUCAUCCUUGGAGCAGCCCGCUGUGUCCUGGUUGGUGAUCCGCAGCAGCUCCCAGCGACUGUCAUUAGCCGGGUGGCGGACACCAUGCAGUAUUCGCGAAGCUUGUUCGAGCGGUUUCAACAAGCGGGAUGUCCGACGCUCAUGCUGACAGUCCAGUAUCGCAUGCAUCCUCAAAUUCGGGAUUUUCCAUCUCGGCAUUUUUAUCAGGGCCGUCUCCAGGACAGUGACAGCGUCAAGGGCUUGCCGGACGAGAUUUACCACCAUGACCCGCUGCUGCAGCCUUACCUCUUUUUCGACGUGAGCCACGGAAAGGAGUCGCACAUCAGCGGCUCGGUCUCGUUUCAGAAUGUUGUCGAGGCCAAGUUUGCAGCCAAGCUGUAUGACCACCUCCAAGGUGUUUUGAAGGCGGCAGGGAGGCAGCAGGCGACCGUGGGUGUCAUAUCUCCUUACAAGCUUCAACUGAGGUGCAUACAGAGGGAAUUCGAGUCUCUCUCUGGUGAUGCCAAGGGAGUUUACAUCAACACGGUGGAUGCAUUCCAGGGGCAGGAAAGGGACGUGAUUAUAAUGUCUUGCGUCCGAGCUUCUAACCACGGGGUGGGAUUCGUAGCGGACAUAAGGCGGAUGAACGUGGCUUUGACUCGAGCUCGUCGAUCGCUAUGGGUUAUAGGCAAUGCCGGUACGUUGGAGCAGUCUGAAGAUUGGGCUAAGCUCAUAGAAGAUGCAAAGUCGAGGAACUGUUUCAUCACCUCGGCUGCAGCAGUGGAGAAGGGCCUCAUCAGUGACGGGGUUUUAAGUCAGGUUCUCAGGGAGCCGACGUUGCCAAGCUCGUUGUCACGGCUGGAUGGUCAUAAUAGAGCAGGCAGUGAUUUGAGAGGGACGAGAGAUAACAACAAGCCAGGUAGGCGUGGGAGGUACGAAGCGGAAGCCGAGAGAAAGACUGCCGAUAAUUAUCUGAGGCAGCACAACAGUUUCAGAAGAGGGUGACGCUGAAAAACAGAUUAAAGCUCUUCUUCCAUCGUUUUUCCUCGCUUUUCGAGGCCACAGCAACAUGUACAUGACAAGAGACCAGGAGACUCGAGAUGGUUUGUUUCGUGGGCAACAAGGAUGGCUUUACUUGUUGUUUUGAUAACUAUAGGUGGUACUUGCGAUUUUCCCUCUCGAUCUCGACGUGAUGUACAUAUACAUAUACUUCACAUU